CGAUUUGAGUACUAGACAAAGGAACAGAUCUUAGUAUUUUAUUUUUAUACCGCUUUUCUGUUUUAUACUUCUCCUGUGAUGCCCGCUAGUCUGUUCAGCGAUAUGGAGCGCAAUGGCAGGUCUCUAGAAGACCACAGAGUGCUAGAAUUAGCACUGGAAAUGACAAUGUUCGGUUUGAACAACGAAAAUGACACUUUAGGAAUUCCUACGAUGGUGAGCCAAGGAGCAAAAAAAAGCCAAAAUACGACGGAAUGUGUUCCCGUCCCAAGCUCCGAGCAUGUUGCUGAAAUCGUGGGAAGGCAAGGUUGCAAAAUCAAGGCCCUCCGAGCGAAGACAAAUACCUAUAUCAAGACCCCCGUUCGAGGAGAAGAGCCAGUGUUCGUAGUGACCGGACGGAAAGAGGACGUGAGUGCCGCGAAGCGCGAAAUUCUUUCUGCUGCCGAACAUUUCAGCCAAAUCAGAGCUCAAAGGAAAAAUAACCUGAACGGCACCCUCAUACCAGGCCCCAAUUCCAACAUUCCAGGCCAGACGACAAUCCAAGUCAGAGUUCCAUAUCGUGUUGUGGGACUGGUAGUGGGACCCAAAGGCGCAACAAUCAAGAGAAUACAGCAGCAAACGAACACAUACAUCGUCACGCCCAGCAGAGACAAAGAGCCCAUUUUCGAAGUGACGGGUCUGCCCGACAACGUGGAGAGCGCCCGCAAGGAGAUCGAAGCCCACAUCGCGAUGAGGACUGGCACUUCCGUCGACCAGGCGGACGACGACUUCAACUCGAAUCCCCUGGACUCGCUCACGAACAACCUCAACGCCAUAAACAGUUCCAUCUUCAAGACGGAGAACUUUAUCUGUCCGUUUCCCCGUGAUAGCAAUAACCUGCUGGACAUCCAGUCCGGCGACGGCGGCAUCUUCAAUUUCCCGACGGGCCGGAACAACGCGAAGCAGAACGACGUCUUCAACAACAUCUUCAACUUCGGCAACGGGUUCGGCCUGUACGACGUGGACGAGGGACUCGGGGACUCCCCGACGUUCGAGACCCCCGGGGCGCCGCACAGUGCCUCCUCGUGGCCGGACUUCGGGGCGUCUACGCUCACGGACAGCGGGAUCUCGCUGUUCGGGUCCGGGUCCGGCAGCGACCUGUCCCAACGCAGCAACAGCAUCAGCGGCGCCCUCACCGAUCUCAUGCUGUCGGAGCACCCCCCCGCGCGCCGGAUCCGCAGCGACCCCCUCACGGUCCCGGAAGUGGGGGACAUCCUGGGGAGCCUAGGCGGUCUGGGCAGCCUCGGGAACACCAUAUCUUCCUUCUCGCCCCUGGACGGCGCCGCCCCGGCCCCCGGAUUCCCCGCCGCUGCAACCAAAUGCACAAGCAGCUCGUCGAGCAGCCCCAUCGAAGCUCUGGCCCCCGGGAAGAAGCCCAAGCGCGACUGCAUCGUCUGCUUCGAGAGUGCCAUAGUGGCCGCCCUCGUGCCCUGCGGACACAACCUCUUCUGCUUGGAGUGCGCGAGCCGCAUCUGCGAGAAGACGGACUCCGAGUGCCCCAUCUGUCGGCAGCCCGCAUCCCAAGCCAUUCGCAUCUACUCCUAAAGACUGGCAGCUUAUCAGAUAUCAAUCCUGACCUCCCCGAAGGCCAGAGCCAAACAAUAAGCAUUCUCAUCUUUUUUUAAUUUGUUUAUAUCGCCACUUUGUGUGUGAGUGUGUGUCUCCAUGCCCAUAGUCACUAACUUGGUCUCCGACGCCCCAUCAUUUAUUCCAUAUAUAAAAAUAAAUAUAUAUUAUAUAUAUCUAUAUCCACUCUGAUGGACGAGUGGGAUUAAUUUAUCCGAGUAGACACGAGAGCUGCGUAUUUUGCUGCAUCACAAUCUUGAAAAUAAGACGGAGUAUUAAAAGUAAUUACUAUAAUAAAGAUUAUAUUCUUUGAUGUCUGAUUUGUAUUUAAAAACUAUAAAAUGAAGCUACGUAUUCGGGUGUAUAUUCCACAUAUUAAACUUUUUAAACUAUGUAGUUUUAACUGUCAUGUGAAUGUAAUAUUUGCACAUAAAAUAAUUUGGUUGCCAUUUGGAAAGUGAAUAUCUUAGAGACCCGGAACCAUGUUUCGGACAUAUUUUAUCUUUACGAAUUUUAUAGUCAGUUAUAUCACCCUCCUUGCUGCUGCAUAAGUAAGUCUUGUGAUUUGUGACAGUUAAACUUUCUGUGCAGCCAAGGAAUCGACAAACAUGCACAAAAAGAAAAAAAAACAAAGAGGUUAGUAAUUGCUAUUUUUAAUAUUGUUUAGUAUUCCUAUUUUAAUAUAUUUACGUGGUUUUUUGUAUAUGUAGACAAAAUGUUUUAAUUAUAGCAUUGUUUAUUUUAGGCCAACAGAGGCCGUUUAUAUAUUCUAAUAAGAACUUAUAUUUGUCUAUUUUUCUGCGUACGUUUUGAGUGCAACCUAUAAAAAAUGUUGAAGAAUUAUAUUUUGAUUGUAGUCUUCCAGACUUUUAUUUCAUAAUGUUGCGUUUUGCAUAUUUUCUUUUGUUAUGAGAAAAAAAAAUGCACUUAUUUUCUCUCAUUUGUUAUGUUAAAAAAGAGUAGCUUUACUUAAAAAAAAUAUUUAAAAAAAUAUAUAUGAAAAAAAAUUAUAUAUGAAAGUAACAGUACUUUGUGAUUAUUGUUAAACUGCUGUCUUGUAUCCUUAUGCGCAAUAAGUAUAUGUAGACGAAUUCCGGGGAUUUAUCCCCACGGGGCGAAAUCCCCUUACUUAUAUGCAAUUUCUAACUUACAAACUUGAAUCUGCAUGGCUUGAUGCAUCUGUGGAAGAUGAGAUAGUUUCUGCAAUGUGUGUGUUCUGUGGUAAAGAGUUUUUGCUAUUCGUAGCACGUUUGCUUGUGCAAGUUUAGAUCUGAUGGUAUGCCGAUGUUGUUAGUGGUCAGUCUAGUUACAAUUCAGUCAGAAAGGCACUCCAAGUUUGUAAAUGCUCACAAUUUUACAAUAUCAGUAUUGCUACUAUUUGUAAAACAGUGCUAAUAUAAUGUUGCCUUAAUCAGGGACAUGCUCUAUAUAUGCCAUUAGUUGUGUAGCCAAUGUAUGGUUUACUUACUUUUCCUUGUACAUUAGAAUUGAUGUAGGUUGAAUCUGAUUUUUUUAUGUGUUUUUAAUGUUAUAGCUAAAGGUGUGCGAGUGACAAAACAUCGGACGCAGUUCUCUGAGUUAUUUUAUUCGUUCUUUGAUGCGGAAUGAAUCAAAAAUUUUUUGUACAGAUUGGAGAUAUGAUGAGUUUCGUUUUUGGCAAUUGAAAAUUUAAAAAUUCCCUGUACGAAAAAAAACUAUGAAUGUUACUUUUUUCAGACUGAAAGGUACUUUGAUAAAGGACAGAGCAGCUAAAAUAGUGGCAUUUAUUUUUUAAAUGGAAAAAAAAAACGUAUCAACCAAUAUCUACAGAGCUAUAUAUUGUUAUUUUGUUAUUGUUUUUCUUAUGUUUAAAAAUUUUGGUUGAGUUCGUUUUUUUUCUUUUGUUUUAUGAACAUUAGAAGUACCUUUCUCUUUCGACGUUACCAAUCAUCUUAUUCUAGGCUUUUCCGUCGCCGUAAUUUUAUUUAAACUGCAUUUUUGCUUGAAAAAAAAUGACGCAGAGCUUAUGCCAUCUUAAAACGACGUCUCUUUAUAGACCAUUCAUUGUCUACGGAUGUACCUGAAUAAGACUAUGAUUCUAAGGGUCCAGGGGAGGGGGAACGUUUGAAUCGAGGGAAAAGAGAACCGACUAAAUAAGCGAGCUAACAAAUAGAUCCAAAAGUCUGAAUGUCACGUAACUGCGCCAGUAUUAGCCAAUUUAUGGAAGUCGCCAAUGAUCACGACUCUAUUAUUGUCAUAGAUUUUUUUAAAGCAGUUUGGGGGGGGGGGGCAUUUGAGUCGAGGGAAAAGGGCGACUUCAUAAUGAACAAAGACAAUAAUAGAUCCAUGAGGCUGAAUGUCAAGUGUUACUGCGCCAAGGUUCGCCAAUUGAUAGGAAUCGCCAAUGAAAAACAGCCAAGUCGUGAAGACGCGAUUACCAUUGGAUUAACCUCACUUAGUUGCCAUAUUUAAUUUAUUUAGUCGAGUAAGAUGAUGGCGAUUGUUCAAAAAAGUAAGAGUAUAAUGUUAUUUUAGAACUAAUCAUCGAAUUGUCAUAAGCAAUAAUAUUUUUACAAACUUUUAAAGGUAACAUUAAUAACAUUCAUAGUUUUUCACAAUCGGGAGUACUUAUAUAUUUGUUGUUGAUUCAAUAAUUCAAUACUAUUGAAUAUUUACAAUAUUUAAUUAAAAAAAUUAGAUGCCAAAUUGAGAUUAUUACAUUGGCUGUUGAUGAAUCUAUAGAGAAAUUUUAACAAAUGGCUUUGUAAAUACGAAUAGCUCAUAUAUUACAUUAUGUAUAAAUACAGUAUUUAAGUAUGUGCUGUGAUAAAAUGCUUGACAGACAUUAUUUUCUGUUCCUUAUUAUGAUGUUUAUAUGUUUGUUCUCAGAAAUUAUUAUUAUUAUUAUUACUCAAGUAUUUAUCAGGGUGAUUUUAUUUAAGUGCUUAAUUUCUUUGUGUUACGUUUUUAUUAAUUUUAUUUAAUACAUAAUUUUAAUAUAAAGUUAUCUCGUUUGUAUGAAAGGCAUUCUAUCGACGCAUUAAUAUAAAAUUUUAUAUUAAAAUACUGUGGUAAUAUGUAAAUUAUUGUGAAAUAUUUAAUGGGAACAAAUUUUUUGUAAAAUAGAUAAAUGUUAUUAAAUUAUUUAAUUUAAAGAAGUCAUUAAAGAUUAUAAAUUAUAUAUUGCGUAGUACCCUUAAGUUCAAAGGAGUUGUUCCAGAGUUUAUGGAUUUCUAGAGCUGGAAGUUAGACGAUGGUUGUGUAUAGCAAAUACGUGGUGGUGCUGCAAAUUUUUUAAUCUUUCAGAUAGUGUAUAACCUAGUGUUGUUCUUUUUUGGGAAACAAUUUUGCCACUCGCACAUCGACGUUUUAAAUGUGUUGCUGACUAUAUUACAAAGCCAUCUACAAAGUAAUUUUUAUCUGUAUGAAUGUUACUAUGUAUUCUGGAUGAUCUGAAGUUUUAUCCGCGGGGGUGUUUCCCAGUAUCUACCGUUGCCAAAAAGCGCUAUCAUUUCCAGAAAUCCACACUGAAUUUUUAGCCGAAUGAUUUUCUUUUACAAUUUAAUGAAGAAGGAAAAAAAAAAAAAAAAAAACACGAGCUUUAUAGAUAUUUUAAAGAAAAGCACCAACGUUUACUUUCCCGUGCUUGCACAAAUACCCCGUUCGUGCAGCUUGCCAAAUAUUUUUUCGAAGAUAUUUUUUUUAGAAAUCUAAUGAAAGUAAAUUUUAAAGCAUAUAUAUAUAUAUAUAUACGAGAAGCGCGUACACAGUAGCGGAAAAGGGAAACAUACCUCAAUUGCGCUUGCAUUUUUCAAACUGUGUUUUAAUUUAGCACAACUCUCUUAUCUGCUCAAAAGUGUGUUCAUAUGUACCUAAGAGAGUUGUAACUGUGUUUCUGUACUAUCUGGUUUGUAGUGUGUUCGCGGCAAAACAUCCACUGGUUUUUUCAUUACGUACCGAUGUUCCAUGCUCUAAAGUAAUUAAUUCCCUGCAUAUAUAUUUUAUUAUUCAAGUUUUUAAAUAUAUUGUGAACAAAUCUAUUUUGGAUUUUUCUGGAAUAAAAACCAGCUGCUGCACACGAGUUCGCUCUCGACAUGUGCGUGCGUGUGUGAUUUACGUACUUAAAUGUUACAUUUUGUUUUAUUUUCUACGUUUGCUUAAUAUUGAAGUUUUAUGUUCGGGGGCAUUUUUCCGCACUCGAGUCCGUCGCCAAAUGACGCGAUUUAUUUCCAAAUCAGCCGCUCAAAACAGAAAAGUUGGCGCAACAAAAUAUUUGGCGAUGGAGUGGCGAAUGCACGGAGAACGUCCCUUAUUUUUGACAUUUUCAAAGUGUUUCAAUAGUACUACAAGUUAAAUGAAAAGUUUAUAAUGUAAGAAGUGGUUUGGUUCACGUUAUUUAGUUAUUUGGGAUAUAUUUUAUAUAAAUAUAUAUAUAUAUUUUGCCAAAGAGUAUACAGUGUUUUGAGUAAAAUCCAAUAUCGACCAUUUAUAUAGUAAUGCCAGUUUUUAUGAAUUGUAUUUCAAUAUCUUAACUCUUUCAAUUAAAAAUACUAAAUAUUUUAAGAUGUCUUAAUUAGUAUUUUUGCACUUUAACUAGACAUACCACAUUUUAGCAAUAACAAGUCUAAUAACGGAAACAGCAUUGUUACAGAAUUAGUUUAUAAAAUAAAAUGUAUCAUUAAUAUCAAUAAAUACUU